AUGACGCGUGUUGCCUCCCAAUGUUUUCUUACGGCGUCACAUGUUCUUGAGAGCCGCUUUACCAUUCACAAGGAUUUGCCUCUUAUUUCAACGUCUCUGGACGAGGAGGUGGAUCUUUUCUGGCGUUUUGUUAUUAUUUGUUUGUGGGCGUUUUGCAUUUAUAUGCGUGGAUAUGACACGAUUCUCCGCGGUUGUUCCCCGAUUGCCUUGGAAACAGUGAUCCUGCUGUUGCGCGUCCUUCUUUUGGGAGAUGACAUACUUAUAAAGCGGGAGGAACUGAUGGCGCUGCCGAACGGAAUUGGUCAUAUCCAUCGCGUACAUAGCGCGCCGGGUGCUAGUGUACGCAAUGGAGCACUGCAGCAGAGGCAGAAGGAGCGUAUAGGACCUCGAACGGCAUUUGCAUUGGAACUAUUCAUAUGGUUUCUCUUGAUUAUUUUCACGAUCGACCUUACAAACAUUAAUCGAGCCUCGGUGGCGCUCUUUCUGGUGAAUACGCUUUACUGGGCUCGUCUCGGGCCAACAUCGGUGGUGUUUUUUGUCGGAAUUUAUGUACUCAUGACUUAUUUUUGUUGCCCCGCAUAUUCUUUGCGAGAUUCAUUUCUGACGCUUUCGGGUCAGCGCUCAUGGGUAUACAGAGUGUAUUCAAGUUUUGGCUUGGCAUUUUCAUUAACUCUGUUUCUUACGGAAACUCAAUGUCUUCAACGCGUUCGUCGCGCAGGGUUGUGGAAGGUCCUCAUGAUCCCUAGGGCGUUUGAGAAGAAUGUUGCCAACACACCGCUUCGGGGGUUCUCGGCUGUGAUGCGGCAUUUAACAAACUACCUUUUUUUUCUGGGAUUUAACUUCUACAUGGCUUUAAGCGUGUGGUUUUCCAGCAUGAUGUUCGAGUGGACUUCUGACACAUCAUUUACAGGCAUUGUUUGUACACCGUAUGCUCUUUCCGCUAUUUUAGGCGAGGGAUGGACAGGGGAUUUUCAAAGAAUGCUGCGAGAAGCCAUUGCUUGCCUCUCGAUGUAUCUUGUCAUUGCCAUCUUUAUUGUCUUAUUUGUACCUACUGACUCAUUGUCCUUUGCGGCAAACGGGGUGUCCUCGGCAUUUUUUGUCCUAUAUAUGGCUGCACAUUCCCCUCGGCGUGUUCACUCUUCAUUCCCACUAGUGAUGGUUUGGCUGGGGAUGGUGGCUGUGAAUGCUUACUGGCACGUGAAUCGUGUUGGGGUGAAUGCGAUGCACAUGACAUGGUACAAGAAAUUGUUGUGCGUCAACACCAUCACCUCUGGCACUCUCUUUAUGCUUUCAACCGCUCUCCACGUAUACCGAUGGGAGUGGCCUAUUGACCCAUCUGCGGCAGCGUUAACCGCGACCAUAAACAGCGUGACUAGAGUGUCACCAUCCACGAGGACGGAUCAUAAAGUAAAGGAGAAAACCAACAACAGCACCUCGUUGAUGUCAAACACGGUGGAAAAAUCGGCAGCUAUCAUGUCGACGCCGUCAACAGUUUCCAUGCCAGGGAAGAAAGCUUCUUAUAGCAUUGAAAAGGUGACAUCCUUUGCGCUGUCACUCUCGUCAUCUUCGACGUCGCGCCCUGUGGAAAAUGUUGCAUCAGAAGUUUACCCAGAGGCCUCGAUAAAUGCCACCGAACCUGAAAAGUGUGAUGCAAUGAGUGGAGGAAGCAUAAGACCGUCUUCAUCAUAUCAAUUUGACAAGCCGACGACGAUUGCCUUUGAUGAGAGUGUCGUGACAGAGAACUUCUUGUGUGAGUGUGCUCAUGAACCUCGAACAAAUUCAGCUGCUUCUGAGGAGGAAGCCGAAGAGGAAGCGCAGCGGCAACAAGAAGAAGAAGAAGAGGAGGAGGCGGCACAAUACGACGACGAUGACGAUUACUUGCCAAAACUUGCCGCGUCGGAAGAGGUUUUGCCGACGUCCCCUGUAAUGAAAAAGGAAAAGAAAGAAGAGAAGGGAGAAGUGCAACGGGACACUUCUUUUGAGGAGACGUCGUCGGCACCCCUCCCAUCUCAGCCAAGAAGGGGAAAUGAAAACGAAAAUGUUCUUUCCUCCAUUGCCGCCUCGGACUCUCUGUCCAAGAUGGAGCCCUUGUCGCAGUCUCUGGCAUUAUCAUCACCCAUGCAAACGAGUAGUAGCGUCAGCAGUGAGGAAAGGAGAGGCAGCAGUGCCGGGAAGGGAAAGAAAACGUCAGAACGUCUUGCCGCAACUGAGGGAGGGAACUGGAAAAGAAACAAAAGCCAUGACCGUUUUGCAGAAACGGUCGUUGACAAGAUUCGGUCGUCAGAAAAUGUUUCCCAUUCCUUGCAAUUGGUUGAAAAAGUUGUGCAGCCUUUGCCUCUGCGGGGCACGCAGCAGACAUCGACACAAAUACCGCCUGAAUCCACAACCGUAUCCAAUAAAACGUCAGCUACAGCUUCUUUCUCGCGUCGUGCAGCAUUGGAGCCAGUGGUAAAUGCUCGCAGGGAGCAUGCUCCUAAUAAAACAUCGCCUAGCGGUAAGGAGCCCAUCGCUGUUUCAAAUCAACAGUUGCCUUCGCAGGUAUCGGCCCAUAGGGUGACGAACACGGAAUUUACUGGGAACAAACGGCAAAACGGUAAGAAAUCUUCAUCACGUGGGGAUACGACAGCCACUGAAUUCAAGUCCCAGAAGACACUCCCUUCACAGAGCAAGAGGUCAGAGGACAGGCGGCGCGGGGCCGAAACAUCAGCGGCGGCAAGGGUUGCGGCGAGUACCGCGUCAGCAUCUCGAUUAGGAUUGAAACCAAAUAACGAUCAACCGUCUCAAGGGAAUAAAAAUGUGGGCGGGGGUGGAUGCGUCACUGCUCCGCAAAUACGAUCCGCGCAAAACCAUUUGACAUCAAAUUUCUCGAGUUCACUCACGGUUGCAGCGCUCAAGUCGCUUACAGAAGAGAAGAAAGCAUGGGAUGGGCAGCAGUCAUCGGCUCGUGACGAAACCGAUGAAUUGUCGUUGCAUUUGAGGGGAAAAUCUACUUCUGGCACAAAGAACAAAUUUAAUUCCCGUGUGUCGUCACAAGGUGACGAUGAUAACUCUCUGGAUUUGGCACAGUUGCACCUUGCAUCACUGCCCGAAAGCGAACCUGAAAGGAGUUCCUCGCGCCGACGUGGACCUACGCCGACGUUUGAGGCAUCACGCUGCAUACCACAGUCCACACUUCAUUCCUUGGAGAAUUUUGCAAAGGCUUAUAUGCCACGCUUAGAUACUUCUGGUCUUAGGGAAACGGAAAGGCAAGGGGAAGCCGCCGACGGAAAAGACACACAGGGCGGUUCGAGUACGGCACAUUUAUCGCCCACCACGGUGAAACAUGUCUCGCUCCUUGAGGCAGCUGCAUCUGCGGCUGCAAGUCGUUCAGCUUCAGGUUUUGGGGAAUCUCGGGGUGCAGUGCCUCAGCAAAUGAUGCCUCAAAUGUUUGCAAUGAGCGCUAUUCGAGAUGCACAUGGUGCAGCUAUCUACCAACAAGUGACACCCGCACUGCGACCCCAUGUCGCGGCAACCACGCAAUUUGACUCGCAUGCAAUGGCAAUGCCGCAAACUGCGUCACAACAACAAAUUCCCGUGGUGCUGGUGGCGAUGGGUGACGGCCGACUAACCUACUGCCCCGUUGUUGCUUCCUCGUAUUCCCCCGCACCGCACAUCAUGAUGCAACCACAGCAUAUGGAGUCGGCUGCAAUGCCACAGCAGCACCAACAACAGGGCAUGGUCUAUCAGCAUGUUCCAAUUUCCCAUCCUCAACAGGCGUACCCUGGAGCUUGGUCACAUUUAAGCCAGCAAUUAAAUGCACCAAACUAG